AUGUUUAUUCAGCCUGAAGCUGCGCAUGAGAUCAUGGGGCGGCUUGGUGAGAAAGGAUGUUGUCAGUUUGAAGACAACAUGUUAGAGAAAUGGGAAGACGAUAUACUUCAGAUGGGGGCGUAUCAGACCCAGCUGCUAAAGAACCAGAAGGACUUGCAGGAAAUGCACUACGUUUUCAAAAGCCUAGAUCCACUAUUAGGAGAUGCUGAAUUGAGAAGAGAAUCAUUAUUUGUCAAGUCGGCUGGUGGAGAACCAAUGUUGGGUGGCAAGGUGCACAUCGAGACGGGAGUGGUGCGUCGCAGCAAGAGCUACGCCUUCGAGACCAUGUUGUGGCGAGUGUCCCGGGGCAACAUAUACUUCCGCACCGUCCAGCAGGAUGAACUCUUUGAAGACCCACAAACGCGACGCGACGUCAGCGCCGCGCACGCGCAGGCGUCCUGCAACCGGCCAGCGCCGGCGUCGCGUCGCGCUGACGCUAACACGACGACGUUCGAAAGACGCUAUGGAGAGUCUCUUGUACAGGGCGCAAUGAUCCGUGAAGUGGCUUUUGUGGCGGUUUGUCAAGGCGAUCGGCUGAAGGGUCUCCUGCAGAAGGUUUGCAAUGGCUUCCAUGCGCAUACAUUCCCUUGCCCUCGCACCAUGGGUGAAAGAAGAGACAUGCUCGGCAAAUUGGAUUCCAGGAUUCACGACUUGGCUCAAGUAAUACGCAAGUCUAGAUAUCACCGUUGCAAGCAGUUCAGGACGAUAGGUAAAUAUUGGGAGACAUGGAUGGCGCAGGUGAAGAAAUCAAAAGCUAUAUACCAUCGCCUCAAUGAGUUUACUCUUGACAUUACCAGGAAAUGUCUUAUUGGGCAGUGCUGGAUGCCAACUAGGGAUAUGAAAAGUGUUCAUGAAAUCUUUAACCAAGGAUCGAGCAAAAGUGGUUCAAAAGUGGCAUCAUUUAUGAUGAAAUUGCCUACCAUUGAGCCGCCACCAACGUACCACCGCACUAACAAGUUUACCAGGGGUUUCCAAGCUCUGAUUAGUGCCUAUGGAGAUUCUGCUUACAGGGAGCUAAACCCAGGCCUCUACACGUUGAUAACGUUUCCGUUUCUAUUCGCCGUGAUGUUCGGCGAUUGCGGCCACGGUAGCAUCAUGUUGUCUUUUGCUCUCUGGAUGGUGUGCAACGAGCGAAAGUAUUUGGCUACUCGCUCUACUAACGAGAUUUGGAACAUAUUUUUUGGCGGACGUUAUGUGAUACUUAUUAUGAGCAUGUUCACUAUGUACACUGGUUUCAUUUAUAACGACUGGUUCUCAAAGCCAUUACGGUUGAAGAACAAUUUUUGGAUCAAUCAAUUUACUGCUGAGGAGAUUGGUAACGAUGAAAUAUUGGCUUUGGAUCCGGCAGGCAAAACCAAGGAAUGGUACUUGUUAGGUGUGGACCCUGUUUGGGCGGAGAAACUACAUACGUAUUUAGGUUCAAGAAAAGAACCAGCGGGUGAGCACACGGACAAAAUGGAGGAAGUUUUGACGCAGCAAGUGCACCAUUAUUCGGAGAGUUUCAGCGAGCUGAUGAUCCACCAAGGAGUGCACACCAUCGAAUAUGUGCUCAGUACCAUAUCUCAUACUGCAUCGUAUCUCCGCCUUUGGGCCUUAUCUCUCGCGCAUGCUCAAUUGUCAGAAAUGUUGUGGGGAAUGGUUCUGUCUAAGCUAGCUCUCCAAGACCACUCCAGGAUAGGGGCAAUCAAAAUAUUCGUAAUAUUUGCAAUUUGGGCAUCCUUCUCCCUGUCUAUUCUCGUCGUUAUGGAGGGGCUGUCUGCCUUCCUACAUACUUUACGUUUGCACUGGGUGGAGUUUAUGAGCAAAUUUUACAUUGGGUCCGGGAGUGUCUUCCAUCCCUUCAGCUUCAAAGAAAUAGUAUAUGGCGAAAGCAAGGAGGAUAAGGGCAUAGCAGAGGGCGCUUGUAAGAAAAGAAAAAGAACAUAUUAA